GUUGCUUUAUAUCCAUUAUAUCAGUUGAUGAACCUCUUUCAUCCAGAUUCCCCUAACUUUUAUGGGGAUGUUGGGCAGGUUAAAGUGGCAGCAAGAAGAGAUUGCACAGGAAAAGACAGUGACAGAUUAAGGCAGCUGUCUCACCAAGUAUUCCUCUUGGAUACACAGAGAAGUGGAAUAUCUUCUACAGUUGACAAUCCAGAUGCUGAGGAUCGUUCUUUCAUUUUCUUGCUGUAUCCAGAAGAUCAAGGACCUGCUAAAAUUAUAAGAUACUGUGACCUUCCAGAAGAAGGGGAGCCUGUACGAGUGCCUUUCCGCACAUUGGUAGUUGGUCUCUUAGCACAUCAAAUUCUCUUACAAACAUUGGGAACGCUGCUAGUCCAAGGGUCUCCACAUAUCAUACCAAGCUUGGCUAAUGUGCUUCUGCAAGGUGUAAACUUCUCAGAUCAUGAAAAUGAUGAGGGACACAUUGCUGAGUGUGAAGGGAAGGUGCCAGGAUUCUUACGUUACAUGUCUCCUGAACAGAUUCAGAUAAUUUUGGAUGCCUUGCAACUAUCUUACACAGCAGCAGUUGAAUUUGAUCGUCGUCCAGGACUGAAAUUUUUUAUUCAGAAGGUAGCUCAGGCAGAAAGGGCAGCUAAUUUAUACAAGCAAGCAGGUGCAAGUUGGACCUUAAGAAUGGUAACACUGUUUGACCUGACUUUAUCUCAAGUAAAGCAUGGAUUAGGUUUAGAUGAAGUCAAGAAUGUCCUUGAAAAGGAAAUGAGAGCUAAAAAUACACUCAAAGAAGAGCAACCAGAUGGUCCUUCACUGGAAAAGCCGUUAGAUGGUGAAAUCACACCAUUGCAGGAAAAACCUGAACGACCAAAGAAGUUACUGAAAGAUGACACUAUGCAGUAUAUUCAUUUGCUGAAAGACUCAUUUACAGAAUUAUGCAAUGUUUACUUAGAUCUUGUUAUUGACCGAGAUGGUCACUACUCAGCUGUUGAUAAGAUCAACGAUCAGCCUAUAUUUUUCCUUACAGUACAACCUGACGAAUUUCCAACAGGACAUCGCAAAAGUCUUGAACAGUGGACAAAGAGCUUAGAAGAAUUCAAUGAACAUUAUCUGAAAGGAAAAAGAAAAGACUCUGAAACUGAAGACAAGGACUCUUUGUCAGGCACUAUGACUAUUGGUGCCAGUCAUGAUAUUGUAGAUCCUGCUAAAAUUACAAAGAACACUGAGGGACCAUUUAACAUAGAGCCUGAAAGACACAAGGAAUCUCACACAAGCUGGUCAACUAAAGAAGAAGAACCCUAUGAAUCUAGGCCAUUCACAUUAGCAGAUCUGGCACAAGAAUACAGUUCUGAUUCGGAAGACUCAGAAAUAUUAGAAUAUGCAGAAGGAGAUUCUGGUGUUGCCAGUUUGACUGGAGGUCAACAGAGUGUUUAUAGAGUCGUCACUGAACGAGAAAUAGCUAGUUUAAUGACUGAUUAUAGACGUAGGAAAAACCAGCAUUCCUUGCCAUCAAUGCAUCGUGAGAAAAGAACAAAUCCAUUCUUGGAAAAGAAAGCUACUAGACCCAUUGAGCCUGUACCUCCUGAAAUUGAAGAGCAAAGGACAAAUAGUCUCAUGAAGGAUAGUGAAGCGCACUUAAAAGUAUGGACAGAGAUGGUAGUUACUGUAUUUGAUCUCAUAAGCCAGUUAAGUGACUCUGAACUAAAACCAUUACUGCCACUCUUGUUCCCUACUAUGCGUUCUUUGACUGCACAUGCCCAUGAUCCCCACUUGCGGCAAGUUGUUGCUGAACUUCUAACACGGGUGGCUACACUAUAUGGUUUUAGUCCUGCAGAAUGAAAAUUUUAUAGAUAUACAUAUAGAUAUAUAUGAUAAUUUAUUUUGAACUCAACUUGAUAAUAUAAUAUUUAUAACUUAAAUGAAAAACAUAGUAAUUUUGGUAUAUUUAAAAGUUAUUUUGAAGACCCAUAGCUAAUAUUUGAUCUAAUUCUUGUAUUUUCCUCAUGUUCCUUGUAAUAUACUACUGUAAUAUUAAUUCUUUCCUCUAGUCAGUAGAAUCUAAAACAGAAAGACAUUUAAUUCAAGAUGUUCAAAAUAUUUACCACAAUAUGUAUUGUCAAUGCCUCUAAUGCUGUAGGAGAAUGACCUCUGUUUUACCAAAAUCCAGCCACAAAUGCUGCAACUGGUUCUAACAGUGUUGGAUAGUUAUUAAUUGUAUACAGGUCGACCAUCACUUAUCUGAAAAUCGUUAAUCUGGUUCCACCACUUAAUCUGGGAGUAAUUUCAGCUAGUUCAAUAUAAAUUUUUCUAGGCCACUGCACCAACCUGCCGUUAUUGUUUGUUGGCGCGGUACAUACGUUCCUUCCCUAUACACACGAUUGCAUUUAUCUUUUGGGUUGUAAAAAAAUUAGCAAAUGCACUAAAAAUAUCAGUGAGAAUAGCAUAAAAUGUAAAUAAGAAAAUUAUACGCAUAACACAAAACAAAAGCUGUUAGAAGCUCUUCAAUGCCAGCAAAUGAGUUUGAGCGUAUGUACCCUACUUACAAAAUUGCAUUUAUCUUUUGGGUUGUAAAAAUAUUAAGUUAGAAAAUGAAGCAAAAUAUAUAUAAGCAUAGUGUAAAAUAUAAAUUUAAAAAUCAAACAUAUCAGUAUGAACCAAAACAAGCUGUAGCAAGUUUUCUGUCGCCAGGGAAUGAGUUUGUGCGUUCGUACAUACCUUACGCACAUGAAUGCUUUUACCAUUUGGGUUUUAGAAAUAAAAAAUUAAAUGAUAUAAGUGAAAAUAUAUAUGAGAAUACUAGCAUAAAAUAUGAAUAUGAAUUUAAAAAAUCAUAAACAAAACAAUAUGAAUCAAAACAAGCUGUAGCAAGUUCUGAUGCCAGUGAAUCGGUUUGUGCAUUUGUACAUACCUAUGCAUAUGAUUGCAUUUAUCUUUUGGACUGUAAAAAUUGUAAAAAUGGGAAACUACACUAAAAAUAUAAAUGAGAACAGCAUAAAAUACAAAUAAAAACAUCAUAAGUGUUACAUCAACCAUAAACAAGCAGUAGCAAGUUCUCCAGUGCCAACAAAUGAGUUGAUGCAUUUGUACGCACACUAGGCACACGAUUACAUUUGUCUUUUGAGGGGGUGAAAAUGAAAAAUGAGAAAAUAGAGUAAAAAUUUAAAUGAGAACAGUGCAAAAUAUAAAUAAAAACAUCAUAAGCAUAAAUACACCAACCAAAAACAAGCUAUAAUACGUUCUCUGAUGUAGCAAGUACUCUAAUGUCAACUACUUAGUUUGUUCAUUUGCACAUAUACCUAUGCACAUGAUUGCAUUUAUCUUUUGAGCUGUAAAACUAAGAAUGAGAAAAUACAGUAAAAAUAUAAAUGAAAAUUGCAUAGAAAAAUUUUUUAAAUUCAAAGAUGAUGGAAAUGAGAAUCCUGGCAGCCUUUCACCUAACAUGUAGCUAAAUGUGCUUAGUUCUAAAUUCCAGCUCUUUACUAUGGAAGAGGCAGCGAUAAACUUGCUUGUGUAAGUCAAUAAUAUUAUUACCUGUACCAUUUAUUUUGCCUGUGCUUCAUUAAAAUUUAACUUUAUUUUAAUUUAACAUUUCUUUAUGAUUUACAGGGUAUUUUAAAGGUAGGAUGAAGUGGUUAUCUGUUGAGUUAGUGUACUCUAACCUAAUUAGUCUGUAAUCUGGGAAAAUCACAAAUCCGGUGCCCUGCAGGUCCCAGGAAUGCCAGAUCAGUGAAGGUCUACCUGUAUUUUAUUUAUAUGGUUAUUUAGUAAAAAAAUUCAAGGCUUACAGAACUGCCCAUUGUCCUUGGCUUUCGUUAUACUUGGUAGAUUGAUCAAGCCACCUAGUUAAAAUUUAAUUAUAUCUGGUGAUAAAUAACUGUUGUCGCAUAAUUAAUAUUCAGUGCAUAUUAUAUAAGCUGUCAAAUUCAUAUGCAAAAAAUAUCCUGGAACCACCUAGAAAAAACUCCUUAGCUGUUGUCAGCAGAUUUUUCUAUAUUUUCCAUACAGCUGGUUCUUCCCCUACAGGUCAAGAGGCAAUGUGAACAUAUAUGAUGUACUGUUUACUGUGUUAGAUUUAAGUCAAAAGGAUACAGGCUGAGUUUUGUGGAUGAAGAGAUUUAUUUUUCUCAAGAUAAUUAUGUGUUACUACUUUGAUUUUCAACUUAAAGCGUUUUGUGAAAUACUGUAUACAAUAAAUCAUGUUUCUCUAGACAAUUAUCAGUGUUGUGAUCUGCAAAUUUUAGCAAAAUACUGUACAAAAUAAAAGACAGAAGAAAAUUGCAAGCAUUGUAUUGAGGUAUUGAGGUUUGCUUGCUAACAAGGAUAUUUUACAAAAAUAUAAAAGAAAAGUACUAAAAUUAGGAAAGCUGUCAAUUAUUCAUUGCUAUAUGUAUCAUUAUUUUGGCAGAUUAUCUAUUUCCCCCGAGUGUAUGUAAAUGCUUUUCUAACUUUCUUCAUGUUGAAAGUAUUGACCAUUAAAAUUUUAAUUAAUAAU